AUGGGUUUUACAUCCAAGAAUGAGAAUUUCCACUCCGGCGAUGGCGCUAGUCCAGGGAAAAUAUUCAUAGGGGGAUUACCUAAAGACGCUACAUAUGCUGUAUUCAACAAACAUUUUGGGAAUUACGGGGAGAUAACAGAUUCUGUAAUUAUGCGUGAUCGACAUAGUGGACAACCUAGAGGUUUUGGUUUUAUCACCUAUGCUGAUCCUUCUGUCGUCGACAAAGUUAUUGAAGAUAAUCACAUCAUCAAUGGGAAGCAGGUUGAGAUUAAAAGAACUAUUCCAAAAGGUGCUGGUGGUAGUCAGACAAAGGAUAUCAAAACAAAGAAGAUUUUUGUUGGUGGUGUACCGUCAUCAGUAACAGAAGAUGAAUUUAGGGAUUUCUUUUCCAAAUAUGGGAACGUGAUGGAACACCAGAUUAUCCAUGACCGUGAAACAAACAGGUCCCGAGGUUUUGGUUUUAUAAUUUUUGACAGUGAAGAAGUUGUAGAUGAGUUGUUAUCCAAAGGAAACAUGAUUGAUAUGGCAGACACUCAGGUGGAGAUAAAAAAAGCUGAACCCAAGAAAUCUUCGAACCAACCGCCUGCUCCUUAUGGUAGCAACCCUAGAGGUCGUUCUUUCAAUGAUAAUUAUGGUCGAUUUGGUGGUCCUUAUGGAGGUUUUGAUGGAGGGUAUGGUCCAGGCCCACUUAGGUCCCAUGGAGGGCCUGGAAGUCGGUUUGGCGGAGGAUAUGGGUAUGGAGGUGGUCGUGGCAAUGGUGAGUUUGGUGGUGGUUAUGGUGGCUAUGGAGGUGGCAGUGUAGGAGGUUACCGGGGUGAACCUUCCCUCGGCUAUCCAAGUCGUUUUGGGCCCUAUGGUGGGGGUGGGGGUUAUGGUGGUGGAGGUUAUGGCAGUAGUGUGGGUUAUGGUGGAAUGGGUUUGGGUGGAUAUUCUAGGGGAGGGGAAGGUUAUGGGGGCUACAGCGGUGCAGGCUAUGGUGGCGCUUUUGAACCUGGUCCAGGUGCUAGUUAUGAAGGAGCAGGUGGUUUUUAUGGGAGGGGCUAUAGUGGCAGUAGUCGAUACCACCCUUAUGCAAGAUAGGCAGGCAUGAACAUGAAGUAAGACAAUCCGGAUUCUAUAGGGGCUCCACACAGGUUUCUCUAGAUUAUCCCAUCGCUAGACAUUCUAGAGAACCAUGUAGAGCUUCAGGAUGGAUGCGCAGGACAAGGAGAGCACUAAAGUCAUGUGCUUUAUUAUUGUGUGUUUUGUUGUCUAAUUUAAGUAUUAAGUUUAUUAAUCUAGAAUUGUUGUGUAGACUAUAGCCGUCUCGGUUUAGAGUUUAAUUCUAUCACCAUGAAGUGUGAUCUACAGAUCUAGAUAGCGUAGCUGUCGUGUGUGUUGCCUGGUUAGAUGAUUGAGCCUCCCAUUUCUGAGUGCUAUUGCUAUAGUUUGAAAGAGAUGUAAGUAUAAACAUGACUAGAUAGUGUUUAGGCCGUAUAGCUGUGGAUAUUUAAUCGUGUAGUAGAAGCAUAGCCGGCAUGUUAGCAUUUACUACGUGACCCAGUGGCAUUAGGCCUUGUGAUUAAAUAGGUGUGUAGUGAAUUAAGUAGAUCAUCACCAGAAGAAGAUGGUAUGAGUUAUAUUAUAUAUGUAUAUAUCUUAGGAAUCCACAUGUGGGAAUUGCCAUUCUGCAUGUGUUGUUGUUGUGCAUUAUAUUAUUGGAUGGUGUGUCUGUAUCUGGAAUCCAUUCAGAGUUUUGUGUGAUUUGGCCAGAAUUAUAAACUAAAUCCCAGUUUCAUGUUUUUCAUUGGUGGGACCGUAUUUCAUAGCAAUGUAGUCAUGAUAGUGUUGUAGGAGAAGGAUGAAAUGGGUUUGUCUUGAUGGGAUUAUUUAAAAAAAAAAAAAAAAAAACAAGUCGGGUUGCCUUCGGGAUAGUAAUAGUAGUAAAAUGCUCUUUGUUUGUUUUGUGGGUCCGACCCGCGACGUGUGUCUCUGUGUUUGCUUGCUCUGUGAAACCCUUCCUUUUUGUUUUGCAAAAUUUUCAUGUAAAAAUAUUAAUGUGUAAAAAAAGCUCUAAAGCUUUUCAAAACUACAUAUCAAUCGUUUUCAAAAUA